AUUCACAAUAACAGUGUGCGAUAUUGUGGUGUUACCUAUCAUAUCAAAAAUUAAAGACCUAUCUAUGUUUUCACGAAAUCCCCGAAUUUUUUAUUUGAAGAACCAGCAUAUUACUUCAGUUUUCGUAGGCUGUGUAAAAAAUAUGAAUCCGGUUCAAAGUUCAUAGUGUUGCUGGUUUCCCGUUCGUGUUGAUAUCUGAGAUGUGAGUAACCUUGCCAGGAGAGAGAUAUAGCCAACAAUGCCUGAUAUCUUUGCCAAUGUCGCUGUAGGAAUAAUAAAAGGACUGGUCUAUGCAUAUGAUUUUGUGACAUGGCCCAUUUAUUUCCUGGUGUUCAGUCCUGUCUAUAAAUUGAGUAAAUCCAACAGAAUUAAGGCAAGACCAGAGAAUGAUGACCCUGGUAAGCCGUGGCGGUCAGUUGAUUCAGACCACCUUGUGACCACCCUGAUCCCUGGUUGUGACACAGUGGACGAACUGUUCAAGAGGGCAGUGGACAAUUAUGGACCAAACAGGUGCUUGGGAAAGAGGGAACUGCUGAGUGAAGAGGAUGAGAAACAGCCCAGUGGGAAAGUUUUUAAGAAGGCCAUAUUUGGCAAGUACAGCUGGUGGAAUUAUGAAGAAGUUUAUGAAAAAGUGACAAAUUUUGGCGCAGGUCUGCUCUCGCUGGGACUAAAACCAGGGGAGAAGAUCGUCAUAUUUGCAGAGACAUCUCCCGAGUGGAUUAUAGCAGCUCAGGCCUGCUUGAAGUACAACUUUCCAAUCGUCACUUUAUAUGCCACUUUGGGUGAAGAGGCUGUGCAAUAUGGAGUCAAUGAGACAGAAGUCAGUAUAGUCAUCACCAGCUACGCACAGGUCCAUAAAUUUAAGGAUACUCUCCCCAACAUGCCGACUGUGCAACACAUAAUCUACAUUGAGCACCCUGAUCACUCUAAGACUCCUGACACCAAGGAAUUCCCCACCAAUGUCAGGGUACAUUCCAUGCAGGCUGUAGAACAGGAGGGGGCCAACAACAAGAUUGAGGAAGGGACUUACCCAAAGACCAAGAGUAGUGAUCUGGCAGUCAUUAUGUACACUAGUGGAUCUACAGGUCCUCCCAAAGGGGUUUUGCUGAGUCAUGGUAACCUAAUGUCUGCCAUAGCAGGACAGUGUAACAGGGUCGGCCAUCUUGGGCUUGGAGAUGUUUAUAUUGCCUAUUUGCCACUUGCUCAUGUUUUGGAAUUGACAGCAGAGCUUGCCUGUUUGGCCCAUGGUGUCGCCCUUGGAUACUCCUCGCCGCAAACAAUCACGGACCAGUCGACGCGGAUCAAGAGAGGAAGUAAAGGGGAUGCCACUGUACUGAAGCCCACUCUGUUGGCUGCUGUGCCGCUGAUUGCAGAUCGCCUGUAUAAAAAUGUUUGGGAGAAAGUAAACGAGGGAAGUCUAUUCAGCAGAAAACUGUUUCAUUUUGCGUACAACUAUAAACUGGCAAAAUAUGAGUCUGGGAACAGCACCCCCAUCAUUGACAGAUUGGUUUUCAAGCGAGUGCGUGCCAUCCUGGGAGGACGCCUGCGUCUGAUGCUGUGCGGCGGUGCCCCUCUUUCUGCAGACUCUCAAAGAUUCAUGAAUAUUCUGUUUUGUUGUCCAGUGGGUCAGGGAUAUGGGUUAACUGAAACUGCUGGAGCUGGGACUGUGCACGAAGCCACAGACCGUAGCACAGGCAGAGUAGGAGCCCCAGUAAUCUGCUGCCAGGUCUUACUGAGGGAUUGGGAGGAAGGUGGUUACACUCCCUAUGAUGAGCCCAAUCCUAGAGGAGAGAUCCUGAUUGGUGGUGGUAAUGUUGCCAUGGGUUACUACAAGAAUGAGGAGAAGACCACGGAAGACUUUCUGACAAUUGAUGGGAUCCGUUACUUCUGCACUGGGGAUAUUGGCGAGUUCAAGGAGGAUGGGUGUCUACAGAUUAUUGAUCGUAAGAAGGACCUGGUCAAGCUUCAAGCUGGAGAAUAUGUCUCCUUGAGCAAAGUGGAAACAGCUCUGAAAAUGCACCCGCUCAUUGAUAACGUGUGUUUGUACGGGGACAGCGGUCAGAACUACACGGUAGCCCUCAUAUGUCCCAACAUGAAGAACUUGAAGCAGCUGGCCAGUGGUCUGGGGCUGGACACUGGGGACAUGGACAGUGUGUGUCACAGUAAGAUAGUGGAGAAGGAAAUGAUGAAGGCAGUUAAUGAGGAGGGGAAGAAAGCCAAGCUGAACAGGUCAGAGAUCCCACAGAAAGUGACCGUGGUCAGUGACCAGUGGACACCGGACGAGGGACUGGUCACAGACGCCUUUAAGUUAAAGAGAAAACCCAUCUUUAAUAAAUACGAAGGCUUGAUCAAGGCUAUGUAUAAUUCUAAGUAACAUUUUUUGGUAGAAAACUCUGUAUGUAGGGUUUGGCGUUGUGUUUAUAUAAGGUGACCAUUGUUAUGUACUAGUGGAUGUUAUGUGCUAUUCUAGAACUGUAUUAUAAGAAGCCAAAAAUUGGUCUUUAAUCUUUAAGGCUGUACAUUUUAACUACUUUGACCACAGUUUAAUCUAAAGUGGGUAAACUAAAUAAUGUGAGUAUUGGACAUAAUUUAGGUCAACAGUUGCUCUGUUUUUUGUGGAUGACUAAAGAUUUAUCCUGGAUUAAGCUAUGACUGUAUUUUUUGUCUUAAGGUUCAGACCUAUUUUCGAUGUAUUUGUAAAUUUUGCAUCAAACUGUGCCUGUUAUUUGUUCAGAACAAACUGCUCAUGAAGAUCAAAUUUUCAGGAGGAUAAAAAUUUUUAUAUAGAUUGUAUCCCAGUGCAGCUUUUGUGUAAUUUUUGUUAACUUGGACAGGGAUUUUUUUCUUUAGUGACACUUUUAAAGACUUGUUGAACAGAAUUAAGUGACACUUUGACUAGAAUCAAGUGAGGAAUGAGAAAAGCAAUCAUUCUGAACACUUACUUUUUAAGCAGUGAGGAUUUCUCCUUUACACUAGUUAUGAAAAUGUAGGUAAAACACAACAGUAAACCAGCUUGGUCAGUGGCUUUUUUUCAGUCUAAUAUAAAGGUUUCUGUUUUAGAAAAUACAUUUGCAGUUAUUCACUGCUCAUUGCAGAGAUUGGCAUUACGGAAUUGAACAAACACUGCCUUUUAGGGUGCCAAGAUUUAAAAUUUUAAAAUAUGUUUGCGUAAAACUGGGUUUUAUUUAUUUGCAGUCUGCCAGAUAUUUGGCCAUUUUUCUUCUGAAGUGCAUUUGAAAUGAAAA